AUCAGACCUCCACCAUGAUCAAAGCCACAGCGCGCUCUGCACCUGACAGACAGGAGGAGAUAAGCAGGCUGAUGAAGAAUGCCAACUUCAAUCUGGACCCCUACAUUCAGGAGUUUGGGAUCAAGGUGAAGGACGACAUGGCGGAGGUGACCGGCCGGGUGCUACCCGCUCCCAUCCUGCAGUACGGAGGCCGGAACCGGGCUAUCGCCACUCCCAAUCAAGGUGUGUGGGACAUGAGGGGAAAACAGUUCUACAAUGGCAUCGAGAUUAAGGUGUGGGCCAUCGCUUGCUUUGCUCCGCAGAAGCAGUGCCGUGAGGAGGUGCUGAAGAACUUCACGGACCAACUGCGGAAGAUCUCCAAGGAUGCGGGGAUGCCAAUUCAGGGCCAGCCGUGUUUCUGCAAGUACGCGCAGGGUGCGGACAGCGUGGAGCCCAUGUUCAGGCACCUGAAGAACACCUACUCUGG